UGAUAAAUAGCACUAUUCUCCGCUAACAAAAAAAUACUCGUUUUGUUUUCUGUCGAACAACUACUCGCGAGAAAAUGGUAAUAUGGACCAACUCAUUUCAAGCAACACCCUAUCUUCCGUUUCUUUGUGCAACAACCAAAACAUCAUUUUCCAGAAGGAAGCAAAGAUAAAUCGUGAUCGACGAUGGCACUCAAUCUCCGGCUAAAGCAAACGGAGUGCAUAAUCCGGAUGCUCAAUCUGAACCAGACAGUAAUUAACCCGGUUGGUGGCGGAGUGGGGACGGCAAACGAAGAGGUGUACAAGAUCCUGAUUUACGAUAGGUUCUGCCAGGAUAUACUGUCGCCGCUGAUCCACGUCAAGGAUCUGCGGAAGCAUGGUGUCACGCUCUACUUUCUUGUCGACAAGGAUCGCAAGCCAGUCCACGAUGUCCCCGCUGUAUACUUCGUUCAGCCUACCCAACUCAACAUCCAGCGUAUAGUCUCGGAUACGUCCAGGGCGCUCUAUGAUUCGUUUCACCUCAAUUUCUCCUCCUCCAUUCCCAGGCCCCUCCUCGAGGACCUCGCAUCUGGAGCAGUUAAUUCGGAUUCAAUUCAGAGAAUUUCCAAGGUCCAUGAUCAGUAUUUGGAAUUUGUGACCCUUGAGGAUAAUUUAUUUUCGCUUGCUAAUAAGAAUUGCUACGUUCAAUUAAAUGAUCCCUCAGCUGGGGAUAAAGAGAUUGAGGAAAUAGUUGAAAAAAUUGUCAAUGGGUUGUUUUGUGUGUUGGCAACGCUUGCUGUUGUGCCAAUUAUUAGGUGUCCCCGUGGAGGGCCCUCUGAGAUGGUGGCAUCCUUACUUGAUCAGAGGUUGCGUGAUCAUUUGUUGGCAAAGAACAAUUUGUUCACUGAGGGUGGGCAUUUCACGAGCUCGUUUCAGAGGCCGAUUUUAUGUAUAUUUGAUAGGAACUUCGAGCUGUCUGUGGCCAUACAGCAUGAAUUUAGGUAUAAGCCGCUAGUUCAUGACGUGCUUGGGAUGAGGUUGAAUAGAUUGAAUGUCAAAGGGGAGAAAGGUGGGAUGAAGUCGUAUGAAUUGGAUCAUUCGGACCCAUUUUGGAUGGCAAAUGGGUCAUUAGAGUUUCCAGAAGUGGCUGUUGAAAUUGAGACGCAGUUAAGCAAGUAUAAGAAAGAUGUUGAGGAGGUAAAUAGGCGAACUGGAGGAAAUGCUGGGGCUGAGUUCGAUGGGUCAGAUCUGAUUGGCAACACAAAGUUUCUGAUGAGUGCAGUAAAUUCUUUGCCUGAAUUGACUGAACGGAAGCAAGUGAUUGAUAAGCACACUAAUAUUGCUACUGCGUUGUUGGGUGAGAUUAAGGAAAGAUCUCUGGAUUCUUAUGCCAAAAUGGAAAGUGAAAUGAUGAUCAGAGGUGGAAUUGAUAAGAAUGAGCUUCUUAGCAUGCUCAGGGGGAAAGGAGAUAAAAUGGAUAAACUGAGGUUUGCUAUAAUGUAUCUCAUAUCAACUGAAAGCCUUUCUCCUUCAGAAGUUGAAAUGGUUGAAGUUGCACUGAGGGAGUCCGAGGUUGAUACCAGUGCAUUUCAGUAUGUGAAGAAGAUAAAGUCAUUAAAUAUUGCAUUAGCAUCAGCAAAUUCUGCCAGCAGGAGCAAUAUCGUCGACUGGGCUGAAAAACUGUAUGGGCAGUCGAUCAGUGCUGUAACUGCUGGUGUAAAAAACUUGUUGUCUAGUGCUCAUCAGGUUGCUCUGACAAGAACGGUUGAUGCACUAAUGGAGGGCAAACCAAAUCCCGAAAUUGAUUCUUAUCUUGUUUUCGAUCCUCGUGCUCCAAAGUCAGCCUCUGGAUCAAGUAGCAGCCACCUGAAAGGACCAUUCAAAGAAGCUAUCAUAUUUAUGAUCGGUGGUGGAAAUUAUGUAGAGCACGGGAGCUUGCAAGAUCUUGCACACAGUCAGCAGCCAGUCAAGCAUGUCAUUUAUGGAGCAACAGAAAUCCUCACGGGAGGUGAGUUUGUCGAGCAGCUUGCUGUACUCGGAAAGAAGAUGGGAUUAGGAAGCAGUGAGAUUGCUCCAGCCGUUAAAUAGAUGCUUACACGUAUUUUUCACUUGAGCAAACUUUGUGUGAUUUUGAGGAUAUAGUGGGCAUAUUCUUGAAGCUGCCGAGAGGAUGGCUGCGGGAAUUCUUCUAUGGUGAUUUUCUUAAUCUUGUUCCUGAAACGUGAUGCAAGAAAAUGUUUUUAUCUUGAUCGAAGUGAGUGUUUUUGCCAUACUUUACCAUUAAACCUUGAAUUUUACGUUUAGAUCUGUAUAUGAUUUAUUUCUAUUUUGUUGGGACAUUAAUGUGCUGCCUUAGUUUUUUUGAAUUAUGUAUAAGAGGUAUAAGAGAUAGAUGAGCUAUCCAGAAGAGAGUUGAGAAGAUUUAUUUAUUUAAUUUUUAUGUGGUUGAAGAAAUUUUAA